UUCACAGAUAAUUAUGCUUCUACAGUAUUAUGCUAUCGGUUAAUUGAUGGCUUGGGUGUUGAGUAGACCGAAAUUAGACCCAGAUUCCUCGAAAAAUCUCGACCAUGGAAAUUUACAGAAACGGUAAGCUCAGUCGAGGACGGAUACUAAUCGUACCAUGGCAUCAAUUUUCAGCCCAUUCUCACUUCCAACAAGAAACCCCUCUUUCUUGAUUCCGAAUCGCAAGUGUGAGGUCAGUAGGCUGCGUUGUUCUCAGCCUUGGUUCUCAUCGUCUGGCAGAACAGCCGCUUCACCUGAAGGGACAGAGGGUGGAGUCACAGAGAAGGACCCCCCUGAUUGCUCUGGGCCAACUUCUGCUCAGGCACAACUGGAUCUCUUGGAAAAGCUCACUUCAAGUAGCCCAGAUGUUAACAGCAAUGUGAGUGAUGAUGGCUCAAUUAAUCAGUCAAGUAUUCGUGACCAGCUGACUAAAUUAGUUGGAGACAGAGAUGAUGAUUUUACCAUUCCGUUGGGCAAGAAUUUGAAAAGUUUUACUCCCAAGUUUUUAACCAUUUCACAGAAGAGAAACAUGAGAAGACAGGCUUACCUGGAUGAGGUAUCUAGAAGAAAUGACUCGGCAUUCUUUGCAAAGAUCGGGUCAUUUAUAAUCCUCCCCCCUUUUAUUAUCUUAGGAAUUGCAUUAGCAACUGGUUAUGUGCAUCUUUUUCCAUGACCUGUCCAUUGCUUGUUCUGCACCUUUUACUUUUCUUCGUCACUCUAAUGUAUUGGCCGUCAUCGUCAUCGUUAACUGGAUUCGCUGUUCGCAAUAUGUAUAGGCUUAUCAUCAAGGAAAAGUUUGGUAAAACUUUGAUGAAUGCAGAAAAUAGUUCAUCAAUAUAUAUUAUAUACUCCCUCAGUCUUGCAAUUGAGUUCCUAC